UGGAGAAGAAGACCGGUUGCCAAUGGUGGAUGUGAAGGAAGAAGAAGUGAAUAACCACUCCAAUUCUUCUUUUCAUUGGAGUGAUUCCCUUUAUGGUGAAGAAGGACCUCAAUCACACAGCUCUACUGAGAAGGCACAACCAAAACACACUCAAGAAAACACUGAGGAAUUAUUUAGGAAUGUUAUUAAGCAAGACUCACAAAUCUCUUUUUCAGCAUUAGAGGAAGAAGCUCACGUGGCUACGGACCCAUCUUUAGAGUUGGACGAUGGUUGGGCGGUCAUAACACCUGAACUGAUGCCGAAUCACAGACUUUCAACAGAAAUUGACUGUGAUUUGUCUAAAAUUAGUAGUCCCACUGUUACUGUGGAUGUUGUGGUUACCCCAGAAAGAGUUCACAUGUUAUCCUCACGGUCCCCAAAGGCAGCACUGCAAAACAGUGAUGCCAAAUGUGUGACCAUCAAGCAAGAGGUUGUUGAUUCCGACGGCUAUGUGGAAAGUGAGCCUAAAGGAAAGAAAAAGUCUAGGAUGACGUCUUUCUCGUGUUUAGUAAAACGGCACAGAGUGAGCUUGGAAGCACUCAGGCAGAACCACAUUUCCCACAAAGGCACAGGUCUCAAAAUGCAUGGCGCCCUACAGCACUUCCACAGACCCACGAAAAAGCCGGCUCACGCCAACAACUAUGGCUCCGCCCAGUCUGUAGCUCAAGUUGGAAACCCCCUCAACAGAACUCCCUCUACGUCUAAAUCUGCUCCGUCUCCAUUUCCACAACUGUCAUUGCAGAGAGGUCAACAGGCACAAAACCGAACCGCUGCCCCAUGGGUCAGCGUCAAAACAGAUCCUUCGGAAAACUUCCUUCAAGCAAACCCUUUACCCCACCCAGACUCCGGACCGAGGCACCUCCUGCGCUGCGGUCAGUGCGGGAGGUGCUUCCCCCACCCCAGCAACCUGAAGGCCCACCUACAGACGCACACGGGGGAGCGGCCUUUCUGCUGCGCCCUGUGUGGACGCAGCUUCACCAAGCUGAGCAACCUCAAGGCCCACCGGAGGGUCCACACCGGGGAGAGACCGUACUGCUGCAUGGCCUGCGGGAAACGCUUCACGCAGAAUUGUAACCUGAAACGCCACCAGAGGAUCCACCUGGAUGUAUGAUGGACAGGUGAAACUAAAACGGACAUGAUGUCGCGAUGGGCAGCUGAAACCGUGUCAAGUUCUGGGCAUUUUUUUCAUUUGUGGUGAAACAUUUGAAACCUAAGCACUAACAGUACAUGAUUUUCAAAUCGGCUUUUUUUUAGGGAUGCACCAAUUUCAUUUUUCCCAGCCGAUGCCAAUUCCAGGUUUUAGAGCAGGGGUAGUUAACCUUUUUCCUCUCAAGGGCCAUUUCAAUUUUUGCAACAUCCUCCGAGGGCCGUACGAAUGAU